GUGAUUGAUGUGCUUGCCAACCUCGUAAAUUGUACAAUUCUACCCUGACACUCAAAACCCUCGACACCAAUCGCCUAAACGCUGCCAAUCAUCACAUCGACUUUCGAUCCUGCCUUGAUCCUCACGCAUCCAUUCCCGCCAAAACACCUCGGCGACACAGCUAUGGCAUCCCGUCUCCUCAUUCCGCGACUCUCCUCCGCCUCGAGAACGAUCAGAGCUACCCCUGCCGUCCCGUCCAGAUCCUUCCAGUCAUCGAGCAGACGGCUGCAAGAGAUUCCUGCUGCCCCUGUAAAGAAGCCAGUGGGAGCUUUCCGAGGAGGACUGUUUGGAUUCCUGCUUGGGUCGACGCUCGCCGGAGCGUCGGUAUACUAUUACAUUCUCGAGGAGUACAAGGUCUCCAAUGAGCUGUUGACGGAAGACAUCUACGCUCUACAAGCCGCAGUGCAACGAAUCCACUCCUACGUGACGGAACUUGACAACAAGAUGGCCCAGAUGAAAAAAUGAAUCUGAACCAAAAGUGCAGUGUUGUAAAUGCAUAAUGGAAGGAAGAGGACCAAAGGCUUGUUAUCGCGCCGGCUGGAGAGCUCUGUUAUGGGGUUUCCUAGUCUGUUUACGCACACACGAGUCAUUCGGAUGAUCUCAUUGCCAGGUCAAGCGGCUGUAAAACCACAAUCUUCUAUGUCUAUUUCACGUUCUGCGCUUGGAGUGGAGGAGCAGUAUUUUCGGGCCUUCACCUAGGGAGACACAUACAUGACGGUGGUCAAAGGAGCUAGCAACUUGAUUGAUGGGUGAAGUGGGAGAGAAGUGCGAUUUGUCGCGUCCAGAAUGACGAUGCCAUUCCUCUCUACCUUGUCUGUGAUGGCAACUCGUCGUGCACAUCGCUAGCACAGAACUCAUAGGCAUGUAGAGCGUUGUACUCGGAAUGUACAUCAGGUAGCAAAAUGAUCUUGAUCCGAAGCAA